CCCGCCCCGUCCCUGUGCUCUCUCGGCUCGGCAGCGGGCGAGACGCGGCGGCCGCGCUGCUCUUGCUCCUUUGUGCUCGGACGGCGGCGGUGGCCUCUCGGGUCCUCCCUGAGGCGUCUUCUCUGCUCGCCAGUCCGCGAUCUUACGUGACGGACCAUGUCGGCGGUGGGAGCGGGCGUGGAGGCGGGCUUCUCCAGCGAGGAGCUGCUGUCGCUCCGCUUCCCGCUGCACCGCGCCUGCCGCGACGGGGACCUGGCCACGCUCUGCUCGCUGCUGCAGCAGACGCCGCGCGCCCACCUGGCCGCUGAGGACUCCUUCUACGGCUGGACGCCAGUGCACUGGGCCGCGCACUUCGGCAAGUUGGAAUGCUUGAUACAGUUGGUGAGAGCCGGAGCCACCCUGGACGUCUCCACCACCCGUUACUCACAGACCCCAGCCCACAUCGCUGCUUUUGGGGGACACCCUCAGUGCCUCGUCUGGUUGAUCCAAGCAGGAGCCAGCAUUAACAAACCGGACUGUGAGGGCGAGACUCCUAUUCACAAGGCGGCUCGCUCUGGGAGCCUGGACUGCAUUAGUGCCCUGGUGGCUAACGGGGCUCAAGUCGACCUGAGAAAUGCCAGUGGCCUGACGGCAGCAGACAUUGCUCAAACCCAGGGUUUCCAAGAGUGUACCCAGUUUCUCUUGAACCUCCAGAAUUGUCAUCUGACUCGUUUCUGUCACAAUGGCACCUUAAACGGAGGCCAUCUGAGUGUAUUUCCCAAUCACGUUAGUGUGGGAACAAACCGCAAGAGAUGCUUGGAAGAUGCGGAACCCUUUGGAGUGAAGAAAGCUAGAACCGCAGCCCACAGUCUGGAUGAGUCCAUGCCGCUUGCGAGUGGUGAGGCGGAAGACGACCCCGACAAGAUGCACGUGGACAGAGACCUUGUCACAGAUAUGAAAAACAGUAGCUCCGUAUCGAAUACACUGACAAAUGGAUGUGUCGCCAAUGGACACUUGGACUUCCCCUCCACGGCCCAGCCCGGUGGGAUGGAGAGCAGGCGUGGCCAGUGCGCGGCAGGACUUGGCGGAGUCGGCACUGGCCCGGUUCCAGGGCCGCCUUUCCGGAGCAGCCAGGGCGCCCCCGGCGUUCCCGGGCCUGAGGAGCCGGAAACGAGCGCGCGCAUCGGCCCGGAGACGUGCGGCUCUCUGCACCUCAACGGGAGCCCGAGCAGCUGCGUGGCCAGCAGGCCGUGCUGGGCGGAGGAGAGUCUGCAGUACGGACACUACCACGGCUUCGGGGACACGGCCGAGAGCAUCCCCGAGCUCAGCAGCGUGGUGGAGCACGCCAGCUCCGUCAGGGUGGAGCAGGGCUACCACAGCGCCGUGCUGGGCGCCGCGCACCUGUCCCACGGCUCCUAGGGCGCGGGCCUCCGCCGCGGCGCCCCGGCCCGACGGCGCUUUCCGGAAAAGCGCGCUCCGCGCGGCAGGCCGAGGCCUAACGCGAGGGCCGGCAGGGCUCACUCAGCGCACGGCUGUCUCUCCGCCGGACCGGGGGCCUCUUUCAGGACGCGCUUUUGGAACUCACGUUUUCUGCUGCCAGUCUCAAUAUUCUCUUUUGAAUAACGUCACCAUAAAUUGCUGUUUUACCUUCUGUCAAAUUAAAUUUUAUCUGAUGAAGAAUCGGAGACAGUGAGUGAGGUGCCUGGUAAACCCGCCCCUUGGCACGUGGGUAUCAUUUUGAAGAGCUCGCUUUUCCUCUUCCCUGUAGAAUUUUUGACAGAAGACAACUCUUUCCCUAUGCAAGGUACAGCCUUACACAGAUUUCUUGCAGUGAUUUGUAUGAAGAAAAGAGCGUUUGUCUAUUUCAAAGCCUUUUCCUGGAAAGUUUGCUGCCCGCCGCGGGGUGAAGAUCUUCCUUGUGGAACACGCAGUGGUCUGAGGACAGCCGCGGUGCCUCCUCCAAUGGUGGCGGUCGCCGCCCUGAUUUCACCGACAGCGCGUGCGGCCUGGGCCUGAUUGCCGAGCUGAUGCGUUUUUACCCACGUUUCCUACUCGCGCUUGAGGAUUUUUACCACAGAUAACGGUUUCCUCUAUAUGCAGUGGAAGUUACUCUUUGUAGGGACUGUCAGGUCAACAUAUUUAACUGACUCUUUCGAUCUAUACUUUGUUUUUUCCUUGCUUUUGUUUCUUGGGGUUUUCUGCUUUAAAAUAUAUACCACUAUGUGUAUCCAGUUAACUGAGAGAAUUUUGAAUCUCUCUUAAUAAAGCUGCAUUAAGUUUAUGGUUUUAUAGAAAUUAGCUUUUGUUUAGGCAACUAGUGGUUACACUGUGUGACUGUUGUCAUGAAUUUUUACUUUUCUGAUUUUUGUAAUAAAAAUUGGUGAAGAUAGAAGACGUGUCAGAUGAACAAAACCAGUGUUCUCUGAGUGUCACUAACAUUUUGUUUUUAAACUGUCCUUUACAGAUUGAAUAAAAAACUCUCACACUCAA